GUUGCUUCCUACUCAUAAGGGCUCGCCUCGGCGGGCCAUGAACACAAUUCAAAAGUUUUAAUACACGCAUUCUGAAAAUUUGAAAUAAGUCGUAUGAUUUCUUAUUCGUCGCUUGUACCUUUGUGGUGCUUAAACUUCAGUAAUAAUUCAUUUAAUAAUUAAUAAAUGCAUUUUAUCGAUUGAUUUUAAUUGAAGAAUUUGUUGUUAAAUGUGCGAUAUUGGCAUCGAAAGAUAGUCUGCUCGCAAUAUGGGGAGCCGAGCAGAUCAGCUGGAAAAGAAGAACCUUAUUAUUGAAAUUACCAAAUAUUUCCGAUUGAAUGGCGUUAACGUGCGAAGUGGCGGAGUGGAAUAUCUGUGCGACGCACUCGUGCACAAAUCCGCGCAGGAUCGCAAAGUGGUUCUUGAGCAGAUUAUCCGUUUUCUACAGCGCCAGUCAGAAAGUUCUGUGGUGAUUUCUCAAGAAGAGAUCGUCUUGGCGUAUAAGGAAUUUACUCAGCAAGAAAGCAUUGUCGAUACAGAAUAUUUUUGGGUUUAUGACGUGUUUACUCUUCCGAGGCUCAUCUAUGACGAGGAAAAGAAGCAUUACACACAUGCUAACGCUCUGGGCCAGUCCGCUCCGCGCCUGCAUGAGACAGCUGACUGGAAAACUCGUGUUUUUGUCGAACGUUACGAAAUUCUGUUCCAGCGUUGCUUACGCAAUCCGCUUUUCGUCCGCUCUUCCUACGAGCAGGAGGAAGAGCAGCGCCGUCAAGAGGAUGAACGGCGUAAACGCCGGGAAGCCAAGCGCAAGGAACGCACGCUGCUGCAAAUCACGCAAAACGCUAAUGAUACGGCGAAUUCCACACUGCUAUUCGACGAUGAUGACGAUCAUGGACCGCAGACGUUUGUUUUGCGCACUGUGGAAGAAUUGCUCAGCUCAUCCGUUCCGAUUUACAACACCGUUGUACUGGGCAUGUUGUCGUCCCUGACGGAGACCAAAUACCAUCUGGAAGAUCCUACGGGAGCGGUGGAGAUCGACAUCGGCAUCGAAACGGCCUUCCACUCCGGAUUGUUCAUCGAGAACGUGUUCGUCAUUGUCGAGGGGUGGUACGAGGAUCGCCUGUUUCAUGCCACCGGAAUGGGUAUGCCGCUUCCGGAGCCACGCAGCAAAACUCAGUUGCAUUUUGGGGAUUUCAAUUUUUUCGGUGGUCCAUCGCAAGUGUCACUCAAAUUAUCGUCUAAAUUAAAGCGUCUAGAGCAGAAGAAUGCGGACGAUAUGAUUGUGAUAGUGUCUGAUCUCUGGUUGGAUAGACCGGACGUGCUGUCCAAGAUCGAUGUGAUGUUUAAAGGGUUCCACCAACUGCGGCCGUUUUGUUUUGUGUUCUGUGGGGAUUUCGUGUCACAGACCGAACGAGUAGAUCAUGGAAGACUCUUGCAAGAGGGAUUGGACGAGCUGCGAAAAAUCAUUCAGAAGUAUCCAGGCAUUGAAGAGUCCAGAUUUGUUUUUGUUCCCGGUCCGGCCGAUAUUGGCUCGUGUGGAUUGCUACCUAGGCAGCGUCUUCCGCCAUCACUGACUGCCAGUUUUGAGUCCAAAGUGAAGAACGCCAUUUUCGCCACAAAUCCUUGCCGCAUUCAGUACUGCACGAAGGAAAUUGUCAUUAUUCGAGAAGAUAUCCUCACCAAGAUGUGUCGCACUCUCAUUCGUGAUCCGGUUCAUGAUCAACGCACCAGUCGGUUCCGCAGCCUCACUUUCAAUUUGGCGCGGACGAUCGCCUGUCAAGGCCACCUGUGUCCGCUGCCGCCGCACAUCCUACCCACCUACUGGUCCUACGACCACGUUUUCCGCCUGUACACCCUGCCCGAUCUGAUUGUGAUCGCGGACAUUCAGGAGCCGUUUGUGGAGAAGGAUGUGUUUCUGCGGAAGAAGCCCAUGGAGGAGUCCACGCAGAACAACAGCCAAAGCCAGCGUGAUGCAUCCACGUCGUGCCUGCUGGCCAAUCCCAGCUCAUUCCCGCGACAUAAUUUCCAGUUCCAUGUGUACAUGCCGUUUUAUAACAAUAUUGAACUGAGUCAGAUUGAAUGAAUGUUUCUUAUCAGCAGUGUUCGGGUUGUGGAAUUAGGAUGAAAACGAAUUGAUUAAAUAUGGUGCGGGGUUUAUGUCGAUCGCAAG